AUGUACGAUUUUUACACAAUUGAAACUCCGCCGUCAUCGUCGUCGACGAGCAAAGAUUCAUUAGAUGAAUAUUUCUCGUUGUAUCAAAUGAAAACACAUGUGCAGUUUGUUUCGGCUAAUCGUGAGCAAAUCUCUCAAGACACAAUGAAAAUUGAUCGAUGUUGUCCUCGUGUGUAUGAGGAUAUGGAUACAUCAUUACGUCAUAAUCUGGGCAAUACGAAGUUAAAAACUCGACAAGAUGUGCGUCGAUUUCGAAAGUUUCUAAAGCGAAAUCAUAAUUUAUCGUCAAUUUCACUUGUUGAUAUCGAUCCAGAUACAAUGAGAACGUAUUUAAUUGAUUAUUUGACAUCAAUUCGAACACGCAAAGGUCUCAAAUAUGAUCCAGAAACGUUACGUUCGUAUUACUUGAGCAUUCAACGAUAUUUAAAGGAUUGCAAUUAUCCGUAUUGUCUACGGAAUUCGCCUCAAUUCACUCAAUGUCGCGAUUUGAUCAUCCGAAUGCGUAAAGAGAAAAACCAGAACAAAUCAAAUGAGUUUUCCUCGUAUCCGACACGAUAUUCGCCGACAAACGAUCUAUCACAACAACACUCAUCAGCACAAGAUUGCUUACCUAAUUUAUCAAACACAUGCAUUGAUCUUCUUCCACUAUCAUCACUUCCUCCACUCAAACGUCGACUCCUCAUUUCGAACAACUACUUGAUCAAUCGCCAGCGUGUGGCAUGA